CUGACAACAUUAUGAGCUGGACAGUCACUGUACUUGUAGGUUCUUUGGUGGGCAUCACUAUGGGCUGGACAUACCACUACUCCAACGUAACCAUGAACUGGGAUGCGGCCAGAAAGUGGUGCCAGGACAACUUUACAGAUAUGGUUGUGAUCCAGAAUCAGUUAGAGAACGACUAUCUGGUCUCUCUGCUGCCCCAAAGAAACUCCAGUCCCUACUUCUGGAUCGGAAUUACAAAGACCCAUGUAAACGAGACGUGGCGGUGGAUCGGGAACAACAGCACUUGGCUGGGCAGUGAAUCGUGGGCCGAAAAUGAACCCAACAAUAGCCACAAGGCCGAGUUUUGCGUUGAGAUCUACACCACCAGAGGGCGCAACAGGGGCAAGUGGAACGAUGAGAAGUGUAAUGUGUUGAAGUAUGCAGCAUGUUAUAAAGCUCAAUGCACAAACGUGACGUGUGACAGAGGAAGAUGCCACGAGACCAUCAACAAUGUAACCUGCCUCUGUGAACCUGGGUUUGUGGGAGACAGGUGUCAAACAGCAGCAGCUGUGGACUGUGCUCCGGUGCCUGACCCUGAGAACGGAGUGCUCAUCUGCUCCUCCACGAACCAUACUUUUAACACCACGUGUCAUGUGACCUGUUCCUUUGGCCUCCUCACCAUGGCCUCCUCACACAUCACCUGUCAGACCGACGGGCUCUGGAGUGGACCCAGACCCGCCUGUGCAAGUUAUAAGAAGGCUUUGUUGGCUGUAGCUGGGAGUGGAGCCAUCUCAACCCUCUGCUGCAUCUGUUUUUGCUGGAUGCAACUCAGGAAAAGAAAGAAAAUCAACCAAGUAAGACAAGCUGAUGAAGAAACAAACUCCUCCAAUGCAUUGUCAGGAUAA